AAUGCAGUCACAAGCGAGGCUUUGGUGUGAAAAUAACAUAGCAUUAGUUGAAAAGUUAAAACGGUUUUUAAAUUACACAGUUAGUUCUAAUGAAAAAAAAUUUUUUUUUUCGUAAAACAUCAAAAUUCAUCUAAAUGAAACUUCUAUUCACAUUCAUCGUGUUGGCGAUAUGUUCAGUUUCGGGUCGUAUUCUAAAAAUGGUUGAUGAUUGGUGGGAGUAUGGCCAUUUCUAUCAGAUUUAUCCACGUUCGUUUAAGGAUGGCAAUGGUGAUGGUACUGGUGAUUUGAAGGGAAUCAUCGAAAAUCUUUCAUACCUAAAAACUAUUGACGUGACUGGAGUGUGGUUGUCGCCAAUUUUUAAAUCACCAAUGAAAGAUACCGGCUAUGACAUUUCCGAUUUUCGUAAUAUUGACCCAAUAUUCGGCACACUUGACGACUUUGAACAUCUAAUGGCUCGUUCAAGGGAAUUGGACAUCAAGAUUAUUUUGGAUUUCGUACCAAAUCACAGCUCUGAUCAACAUGAAUGGUUUAAGAAGUCAUGCAAUCCAAACGAUCCAGAUUUUGAAAAAUACAAGGAUUUCUAUGUGUGGAAUAAUGGAAAGCUGCUGCCAGAUGGCACAAGAUCACCACCAAGCAAUUGGCUCAGCGUAUUUACCGGAAGUGCCUGGACAUGGGUUGAAUCAAGACAACAGUAUUACUAUCAUCAGUUCUUGCCAGCACAACCAGAUUUGAACUUCCGAAACCCAGCCGUUCACGAAGAAAUGAAAGAAAUUUUGCGUUAUUGGCUGAGAAAAGGAGUCAGCGGCUUUCGCAUUGAUGCCGUACCACAUUUGUAUGAAUCAGAGGAAAAUGCCGAUGGCGUUUAUGAUGAUGAACCGUUGAGUGGCGCUGACCGCUGUGAACCCGAUGAAUAUUGCUAUCUCAAUCACAUUCACACCCAUGACUUGAACGAAACAUUUGAUCUGGUGUAUGAAUGGAGACGAGUUCUGGACGAAGAUGAAUUUUCCAAUCAAACACGAAUCUUGAUGGCCGAAGCAUACUCACCAUUGGAGCUUGCUUUGAGAUAUUAUGGGCGAGUCGAAAACGGAGAAAUCGUUGAAUAUGGAGCUCAAAUGCCAUUCAAUUUCGAGUUGAUGUCAAACACGUGGAUGGAAACCGGAAGCUAUGGAUACAUAAAAUAUAUUGAAACUUGGCUUUUGAAUCUACCAAAAGGAAAUGGAAUUCAUGCCAAUUGGGUGCUUGGAAACCACGACGGUAGUCGACUUGCAACGAGAUAUAAGCCUUCACGAACUGAUCUGUUCAACAUUUUGCUGAAGACAUUGCCUGGUAUUACGGUCACAUACUAUGGUGAAGAGAUCGGAAUGACGGAUGUGCUCAUUCCGUCGGGUGACAAGCGUGAGGUGGCCCGUACGCCAAUGCAAUGGGACAGCAGUCAAAAUGCUGGCUUCAGUUCGGCUUCACUAACUUGGCUUCCAGUUGCCGACAAUUUCACCGAGUGUAACGUUGAGUUGCAGAGGAACUUGGAUCGUAGCUUUUUGAAAAAUGUUAUUGAAUUGGGAAAACUCAGAAGGACGAAAACUUUGAAGUAUGGCGGGCUACAGCUUGCAGCUGUCGAUGAAGAUGUACUCGUGUACAAAAGACAAAUUGCAGGUGACGCUACCGCUGAUGUGAUCGCUGUUGUAUUGAACUUGGGAACAAUUGAUAAAUAUUUUGAUUUGACAUAUUAUCUUAGUGCAUUGCCUGAGAAAAUGACAGUGUCCGUUGUUUCAAUCCACUCUACAACUAUCAAUCCUGGCGAUUCUGUGGAAACCAACAACCUCAAAGUACCAUCGGAAGUCGGCAUUGUUCUCGUUGGACAAAACAAUUCAAGAUAUUUUAUGUAAAACUUUCAAAUGGCAGAAUCUUAAUUUUUAUAUUCGAAUAUAAGCAAAUAAAGAAAUUCAAUAAGUUUCUAAGGAAAA